AUGGUGAAGAAGGCGUUGAGAACAAAAAGAAAGGACCCUGAUGAGCAGCAAUCGGCUAAGCCGGCAAAAGAAAUCAGGAAGCGCGCCUGGAAACCGCAAGGAGACUACAAGGGUUCCAAGGUGCGCAAUGUUCCCUUCAGCGACGUGGAGAAUGCUAAAAUCGUGAAAGCGAUGCAGGCUUACUGCGAUGAGGAGGGGUUUGACUACAACACAGUGUCCGAAUCACUACACAAGGAGAGGACCGGCGGGGCAUGGGGGCGCAUUGCCUUCUUGGCAGGGUUGGACCGGCGCUCUACCUGGGCCAUCGUUCAAAGAGCCAAGAGGAUCCUUUGGGGGGGACACAGGUGGACGCACGAGGAAUGCCAGAUUCUGCUGGACGAGGCCAGCUCAGCGAAGCGUCCCAGUUGGGUCAACAUCUCCAACAUUCUCGGUGUCAAUCCGAACACUGUGCGUGACAAGUGGAGAGAGCUUUGUGGUGGCAACAAGUCCACUGGGAACUUCACACCUGCUGAGGAUUGGAGACUGCGAAUGGCCAUCUGCCAUACAACAGAAAGCUUGCUGCCGACAAAAGACAUACCUUGGACUAAAGUUCAGAAAUGGUUGCCCCAUCGUGGCUACAAGAUGUUGGGUAUGCAGCAGCAAGUCCAGUGGUGGUAUGAGGCAGGAAACGUCCGCCUUGCUUUGGCCGGGCCAGUACAUGGGCAUCAGUGUGCCUUGGAGGCCGGCGGCGGAAACAACGCGCGGCCAAAGAUGCCGAUGAAAGCUAGCGACAAAAUCCUGAUGGAGGUGCAGGGCGCUUCCAUGCACUCUGGAACUGGCUACUUCACAGAUGACGCAGAUUUUCUUGAUCCGGAGGCUCGCAUUUGCAGAGCCGGCCCAAGCCAGCUGCGGCGCUGGCGGCACAUGGAUGAUCCAACCUUACAGGCCAAAGUGCUUGAGCGGCGAAGUAACGUUGGCAUGGGCAUGCUAGUCCUCAACCGAGCCAAAGGCUCAGAGCAGCUGGUAAGCGUAGAUGCAUUGAAGUAUGUUGUGGAGAAUUUGGGAAAAGGCUUGCAGCCGGCGGAAGGUUUAGACCUCCCCACUGUGAACGAGUUGUACAAGCGGUUAAGGAAUCUGGAGGUCAACAGCCUGAAGCGGUUUGUUGGGCUCACAGCAGCUGAGGAGUUCCGAGACAGAGCUGAAACAGACCGAGAAGACCUGGGCUUCCACAGUGAGCUGGAAGGUUACAGGGAAGGUCCCGGCUCCUUCGGGACGGGUCGCUUUUGCAUCGGUCUGGAUCCCAAAGAGAUGCUACUUGCGGCUGUUUAUGCGCAGAAGAACGGCGACCUGGCGCCAUUUUCCAAGGCCUUGCUUUGGAACAGCCAGGAGCUGGCAUUCCUAGUGGCCGAUUACCGGAAGCCAUUGGUUUGCCAGCUGAGCGGGAUAGCGCGUGAUGGUGGUGCAGCCCUGGCUGGGCUCACAACAUUUUCUGGUGCACAUGCCACAUCUGAAGUCUCGGUCCGUUCCUGCUUUCAUGGGCUGGUGCCGAUGGGAGGCAUGACUGCAUUGCUUGGAUCCCUGAAGUGGAAUCUCGGCGAGUUCCUCGCCUUGACUGGUUGGACGCUUCGCGGUACCGAUUUGGUAUCCUUAGGGCUGUGUCAGCAUUGGCUCUCGCCUGAUGCCUUGCCAUUCCUGGAGCUAACUGCGGAGAAGCAACUUGAGGUCUCUGAGAGUGAUGCAGCGCAGCUGCUACUGGAGCAUUCUCUGCCAUUGCCUGAGGACAGCGGCCUCAUCUCUGGCGACCCGGACGCGCCAGGCUUCCAGCGAAGUUACAUUCCGCUUGUGGCAGAGAUCUUCAGCAAAGAUUCGCCGAAGCAAAUCAUGGAGGCACUCGACAAGAAGCUACAGCUACGUGAACCAAUAAAUUCCUGGAAGGACAUGGAGUUCUUGAAGGUUUGCAGAGAGAGGCUUGAUCGAGUGGACCCGCGGGCAGGCACUGAUUUCGGCUGCCCGGGCAAGAGGCAAUGCACAGGCACAUCACUCGUCCAACGCUAUGCUGCAGAAAGCAUGGUUCUGGCAGCUUUGACAGGUCGCUGCUCCACCUGGUGCUUCGCAGAAGAGCCUUGGAAUGAACGGUUCAUGGAAAAGCCGGAAGACAUCCUGAAAAAAGAGAUCGAGGCCACAGAGCCGCCGGAGGAGCUGCUGCGCUGCUGGCGGUAUCAUCCCGACUAUGAUGCCGCCACAGGCCCUGUCACCAGCCUGGAUCAUGACCCUGUCUGGAUGCAGCAGGAAGUGCGACGCUGGGAUCCCCAGCUCUUUGACCUGGAGCGGCGCCAGGCUGUGGAGGCCAGCUCUUUGGGCAAGGGGCUUGAGGAAGCUGACAAGCUUCGGGAAGAAGGAAACCAGCUCUUCAAGUCUGGGGAUUUUGGGACGGCACGGCAGCGAUACUACGGAGCCAUUUGGCACCUGGACUUUGAUAUCGGGCAGCAGUGGGCCAAUGCCUCCUGCAAAGAGUCGUGCAAGUCCUUUCAGCAGGCAGACAGCCUCAUCCCUGGUGAUCGGCAGCUGCGCUCGGCGCUGAAAGAGGCAUCUGAGCUGCAGAAACAGGCGCCUGUGCUGAACAAAGAGGGAAACCCGUGCAAAGAGGAUAGACAGAAGGCCAAGGAAGUGUGGAAAAGCAAGCUCUUGUCACAGGAGGAGAAGGCUUGCCAGGCCAUGCGCUGUGGCCCACAGGUGUUCAAGUCAGCAUGCAACUCCGCAGAGAACUUGAUCUUUCUCUUUGAAGCUGUGUAUUUCCAGCUCCGUGAUGUGCUGUGCCCAAGGUUCUACCUGACAGAAGAGGGCAUGUUUGCCCCGGAGAGCAGCGAUGUUCUGCUGGGGUAUCUGGCCAUCAGCACGAAAGCAAGGUACGUGUUUUCGCAAUUUGUGACCUCCAUCUUUCUCUGCUUUACGCUUGGUAUGGCAAAUCCAACAGAUGUGAGACACUUUGACACAGAGGUAUUUCCUCAAAUGCUUCAGAAGGAGGUCUCUGAGAAGUUUGUUGCUGUCCUGGUUGCCGUGCUGGCGGGCAUCUUGCUUUGUAGUGGUGAUUUCGUCAUGGCCAAAGCUAUCGAUGUGCUCGGACUGGCGGUAGCAUGUCCGACUGGUUUCGGCUUGGCCUUGACGUGUGGAACAGGUCUUAGCUAUGCGAUAGAGCCCAAGGCUGAUCCCCGGCUGCUUUUCCCUGGGCUUGGCGCAUGCAUGCUCGGCAUACUCUGCGAUGCCGCCUCGCAUGCUGAGCCCAAAUCAGCAGGAUCUUCCCGUAACGAUGUGAGUGCAUCCAAAGCCGAGUCCAUGGGCAACACCUCAGCUGCGACCGUUGAAGAGGUUAAAAUUGCCACCCCGCAAGAUGCCAGCACUGAUCGGAACUGUUCCGUUUUCUUGCUCCCAGUAGCUGGUGGUUUGCUGUGCGGAAGCAUGGCACCAAUCAAUACUGCUGCUGCGACAGCUGGACAACUGACUCCCUUCAGCCAAUUGUUUUCCUUCAUGGUGGGCCAGCUGCUUGCCAUUUUCCCGCUUGUGACGGUUUUCCACUGGAUCUCCCUCGGACAAGAAGGGCGUAUGGGCCAUUCUGUGUGGCAGAUCCUGUGCUCCCUUUGGAGCAGCUAUCUCAAAGCGUGCAAGCAGCGUCGCAAGGGCCUGAUGUGGGACGCCUUUGCGGGCACCUGCGUGGGCAUGGGCUACUUCCUGUUCUUGGUAGGCACGCCGGUGGUCUCAAAGGCUGUCGGCUUUAUCUUUGGGUCCUCCAGCUUGCUUCGGUUUGACCGUCGCAGUGCCGAUUUUCUGCGCAGACAGCUGCGCUUUCGUGCACCUUAG